UCUAUCUUUAACAAGAAAUGUGUCCUACUUUACUGAUAGGGUGCCAAAAGACUUUCUGGCUACUUCAACAACAAUGACUCAAUAUAUACUCAGUUUCAGUAUUGCAAGAGAAAUGCAAAACAUCUUUAGGGGGAUACAAAUGUCAAUGGAAGAAAUGCACGAAAAGCAGGAAGAAAUGCACAAAAUACAGAAAACAAUGCAAGCGGAAAUUGACGAGAUGCAGACAACAAUGCAGAUAAAAAUUAACGAGAUGCAGACAACGAUGCAGACGAAAAUUGAUGAGAUGCAGACAACAAUGCAGACGAAAAUUGAUGAAAUACAGAAGUCAAUAAACGAAAAUAAAAACAUAAAUGGAUGAGACAAAAAAAGGCAAGGAUGAUAACUGAAUACAGCAGAAGCUUACUUACUAUUCCUAUAUAUAUAUUUUUUUUCAGUCAAAAUGGUUUUAUUUUAAACAAAGUAUUUUCUGCACUUAUCCAUUAAUAUGUGAUU